CAGAAACUAAGUCCAAAACAGGAGACAGCGUGACGGUGGCCCUAUGGCAGAAUUCUGCUCUAAAUAGGUCCCACUGCAUGAUUUAACAUGGACAAAGCGCUCUGCAGCCUCCUGAUUCUUGGAACCACAGCAAUGAUGGUCUACGCAUGCCCAAAAUACUGUGUAUGCCAGAACUUGUCUGAAUCAUUAGGAACCCUCUGUCCUUCAAAGGGCCUUCUCUUUGUGCCUCCUGACAUUGACCGUAGGACUGUGGAGCUUCGUUUGGGGGGCAACUACAUUAUACGAAUUACCCAACAAGAUUUUGCCAACAUGACGGGAUUAGUGGACUUAACGUUAUCCCGAAAUACUAUUAGCUCAAUACAGCCAUUUUCUUUUAUUGAUCUUGAGACUCUACGUUCACUGCAUUUGGACAGCAAUCGCUUGACAGAGCUUGGGUCAGAUGUCCUCAGGGGACUCAUCAAUAUACAGCAUCUCAUCCUUAACAAUAAUCAGCUAAAUCGUAUCUCAAAUGAAGCUUUUGACGACAUUCUACUGACAAUGGAGGACCUGGACCUUUCAUAUAACAAUCUCCAAAGCAUUCCAUGGGACUCUGUCAGAAAGAUGGUUAACCUGCAUCAGCUGAGUCUGGACCACAAUCUUAUUGAUUAUAUAGCAGAAGGUACUUUCACUGACCUCCAGAAACUGGCUAGGCUGGAUUUAACAUCCAACAGACUGCAAAAACUCCCUCCUGAUCCAAUAUUUGCUCGCUCACAAAACAAUGUGGUGCUCACAACGCCUUAUGCUCCACCACUGACACUCAGUUUUGGAGGAAAUCCUUUACAUUGUAAUUGUGAGCUUCUUUGGCUUAGGAGAUUAGACAGAGAGGAUGACAUGGAAACAUGUGCAUCUCCACCAAGUCUCAAAGGAAGGUAUUUUUGGUAUGUGAAGGAAGAAGAGUUUGUGUGUGAGCCUCCUCUCAUUACUCAACAUACCCAUAAACUUCUAGUGCUAGAAGGCCAGACUGCAAGUUUAAGGUGCAAAGCCAUAGGAGAUCCACCACCAGUUAUUCACUGGGUGGCCCCUGAUGACAGACUAAUUGGAAACUCCUCAAGAGCUGUAGUCUAUGACAAUGGCACUUUAGAUAUUGUGAUCACAACUUCCAAGGAUUAUGGAACUUUCACUUGCAUUGCUGCCAAUGCUGCUGGAGAGUCCACAGCAUCCGUUGAACUCUCCAUCAUACAACUUCCCCACCUCAGCAAUGGGACAAAUCGUACCUCACAACCCAAGUCAAGACUGUCAGAUAUAACCAGCUCAACAAAAAGCAGCAAAGGAGAGGCAAAGACCACACCAGAAAGAGUUGUUUCUGUAUCAGAGGUGACUUCAGUUUCAGCAUUGGUGAAAUGGGCAGUCAGUAAAUCAGCACCAAAAGUAAAAAUGUACCAACUACAGUAUAACUGCUCUGAUGAUGAAGUUCUUAUUUACAGGAUGAUUCCUCCUGCAAGCAAAGCAUUCCUGGUAAACAAUUUGGUGUCUGGAGUUCAGUAUGAUCUUUGCGUACUUGCCAUUUGGGACGACACAGCAACAACCCUUACUGCCACAAAUGUGGUAGGAUGUGUCCAGUUUAUCACCAGAGAGGACUACCCCCAGUGCCAGUCCCUGCAUAGCCAGUUCCUAGGGGGGACCAUGAUUCUAAUUAUAGGAGGAAUAAUUGUUGCAACUCUUCUUGUGUUCAUUGUCAUUCUUAUGGUGCGGUACAAAGUGUGUAGCAGCGCCAAUUCUGGGAAGAUCCCAAAUGUUAGCAACACCUAUUCACAAACUAAUGGGGGCCAUCAAGUUCACAAUGGGGUUUUGCCUCAGGUCAACCCUAAAGUUGUGGUGAGAGAUGAGCUAAUGGAUUUUAACUGUGGCUCUAUGCAUAGCAGCAUGACCUCAUCUACUAGCUCUAUGGCCAGCAGGGAUGAUGACUACAGCGUCCACAGUAACAGGAGCACUUUAUCUAAUAAGUGGAGGCCGGUCUCCAAGCCCAGACACAAUGUUGACCACCUCUUGGGGGCUUUUGCUUCUCUUGAAUUGAGAGGCCAGAGGCAAGAGACAGAUCAUACUGAUUCAAGAAGCUCAACUCUCAAUCCUCACUCUGACAAGGAGCCCCUAUUGGGUCGUGGAGAAUCCAAGCUCAGAAGCCUUCUUAUGUUACCUCUGGAAAGCAAGCCCAAGAGGAGUCAUUCCUUUGAUAUGGGAGAUUUUUCUACAACUCAGUGCUGCAGCUAUCCCAAAAAGAUCACCAACAUCUGGACUAAACGGAGCCUUUCUGUCAAUGGAAUGCUGUUGCAGUAUGAUGAAGGUGAUCUAGAAGGCAGCAAAGGAAACUAUGGGAGCUCGGAAUGGGUCAUGGAAAGCACAGUUUAAACUCAAUCAGUAUAUAAUAAACCUGAAAACAUUAUGUGCAGUCCAUAAUGGCAUCUUUUAAGGCCCAACGUUUUAUGACUUCUUUUCCCAGGGUGCAGCAUUAAUAAAUGUGCAAACAUUUUCACAUAGUGUGGCACUGCGGCUACAGGCAUGAAGAUACCUGUGAAAAAAGUUAAAGAGCACCUUGGGUAACAUUUAAAACAUGUUGUACACGGAUGAUAUAUUUCAAACAGCCAAUUGUUUAGGAGUCAGAUCAUAUUUACAUGAAAAGAAAAUGACACCUGAGCUCUUUCUUCAGACCAUUUAGUGGAACAGGGUUAUAGACUGCUGGGUAAUGCAAAAUCCUGUAUUUGGGAAGAAACGUAUAGCAUUUGGAAUGCAGUUUUAACUAUUGAAUGAUAAUAAAUAAAGAAUAGGAGCUAAGGUUACAACAAAAUUUGUAACUUGGUAACUUUUAUAGUUUUAAAGAUAAGAGUAUUUAUUACUUGCCUGCAAAUGAACAUGACUAAAAAAACAAACUUUUAUAGUGAACUUAAAAAAAAAUGUUUUCAUUUGCUUCAGCCAGUAAAAGAACUGUGCUCAGUCUGAGCAUUUCUUUAAGCUGGUCAAGGAAUAACCCAUACAACAGGAUCUGACAUCUGGGGGGAGUUGAGAUGACACCCUUUUUAAUGUGUGCUCCGGUAAGACAUUGACGUCCACCUCUUUCCUGUUGCAAAUUAUUUAAUGGGGUAAUUGCAUUUUGUAACAAUCAUAUCUGAAGUUCAUUC